AUGAAGAUCUACACCAAGACCGGGGACGGCGGUGCCAGCAGCCUGUACAGCGGCGAGCGGCGGCCCAAGGACGACGCCGUGUUUGCUGCGCUGGGCGACGUGGAUGAGGUCAACUCAACGCUGGGGCUGGCACGCGAGCACGCGCGCCAGCUGGCGGGCGCGAUGCGUCUGGCGCAGCAGCUGGAGGUCAUCCAGUCCCGGCUGUUUGAUGUGGGGUCUGCCGUGGCCACGCCCCGCCCAACUUCUAGUGACCAUAAGCUGCAGCGGGUAGCGUUCAGCGAGGCGCAUGCGGCGCAGCUGGAGAGGUGGAUAGAUGAGAUGAUGGAGGAGCUGCCGCCGCUCACGCAGUUCAUACUGCCCUCUGGCGGGCUGGCCGCCGCGGCGCUGCACAUGUCGCGCAGCGUGUGCCGCCGCGCUGAACGCGCUGUGGUCCCGCUGGUACGGGACCAGGCCACCGAGGCAGCCGUGGCCAUCUAUCUCAACCGCCUCUCCGACUACCUGUUCACCGCGGCACGCUAUGCAGCCCUCAAAGCAGGGGAGCCGGAGACUGUGUGGGUCAAGGCGGCGCCUGCGGGCGCCACCUGA